AUGCUUCGCAUGGGAGAGUACAUAUGUGGUUGCAAGCCACUUUGGAACCUGUGGGCUAACGAUGUACGCAUCACCGUGAAUGGGAAGCGGUACUUGGUGACUGGGCUCCUCAGUGAUAAGGGCCUGACGAUGAUCUACAAGGUGCGCAGUCUCCAGCGAGAACAGAGGGGGAACUUUUGUAUUAAGGCAGUACAUUGCCCGUUCGGGCGGGCAGAGCACGUAGCUGAAGCCAUGCGGGAGAUCGACAACUACCAGGCCUUCCACAGCCCCUAUAUAACCAGCCUGCUGGACUCGCAAAUUGUGCCGCUGGAGCAGGGCUCCAAGCUGGUGUAUAUGGUGCUACAAUACUUCCCGACAGGUUCGCUGCAGCAGCUGAUUGAUACAACGCUUGUGGAGGGCGUGCCGCUGCCGGAACCACGGGUCCUGGCGCUGAUGGUGGAGGUGUGCCGCGCGGUCAGGGCCGUGCACCAGCCCGGGGACGAAGGGGUGGAGAGUGGGUCCGCCACACAGAGCGAGGAUACGCACCUGCUCGCAGACGCACUGGAGAUGGACGUGCUCGAGGCUUCGACCAGUAGCCCACGGCGAUCGUUCGUACUAUGCGACCUGAGGCCUUCGGCCGUGAUGCUGACGCCGCAGGGCAUGCCCAUCAUCAGCGACCUAAGUGCGUGUGUGCGCUCGGGAUACGCUCUGGCUAAUGCCACGCGCCUUGCGCGCAUGCGGGCUGUGCUCGAUACGCACGGCAGCCCGAUGUACCUUGCGCCAGAACUAUGCGCGCUCGAACCCAACGCCUGCAUCCUCCCCCCGGCGGAUAUAUGGUCGCUGGGGUGCAUCUGCUACGCGCUCAUGUAUGGCAUCUCGCCAUUUGAGCGCGAGGAGCAACUGCACGGUACACCGCUACGCCAGGCUCGCGCUUCAGGCCUUUUUUCGUUCCCGGACAACCCGGUCUACUCUCUACAACUCCUUGAUAUAGUCCGCCAAUGCUUGGCCGUCAAGCCAGAUGCUCGGCCGACUAUUGAUAGCCUCAUGUCUUUGUUUCACGAUCUACUGGACGAUUCCGCUAUUGGAAGCCUUGUGUUGGGCGAGUGA